CUGUGUUCCUCUUUUUCUCUCUCUUAUCUGCCUCUUUCUCCGAUCAACAACACCGCCCUCAUCCUUUGGUGGACUGUGGCAGUUUGGACUGAAGAUCGGAUGUGAUAUGGAUUUUUUUUAAGAGUUAACACACCAACUGUUAUUUCUCUUUCUUCUGUUUUGCCAUUGAUGUGUUUUAAAGUAGCACGUGACAGACAGCGUGAGUUAGUGAGAGAGAGAGUAACAUAAGAAUAAGAUAAAGCGCUGUUGGGUGAAGCUAACGGCAAAAACGCUAAACUAUAGACACAGAUUCACAGAAUUGAAUUUGGGUUUGAGAUUGAGAAGAAUGGCAACGACCUUAAUAGGAACAACGCCGUCGUGGAUGAGGAUGAGGAUUAGUAUAAUCCCUGAGGUUGCUUCUCCUUCCAUUUUCCGCCAAUCCUGUCUCUUUUUUAACAAACGCUUUCGCAGUAGCAGCAGGAGUUUCUCAAUCUCGGCCACUGCAGAGGAUAAAGCAGUCCGCGUGCGUUUCGCUCCUUCGCCAACAGGGAACCUCCACGUGGGUGGAGCUCGAACUGCGCUCUUCAAUUAUUUGUUCGCAAGGUCCAAAGGUGGCAAAUUUGUGUUGAGAAUUGAAGACACUGACCUGGAGAGGUCCACUAAAGAAUCUGAGGAUGCCCUCUUGCGAGAUCUCUCUUGGCUAGGUCUUCACUGGGAUGAAGGUCCUGGUGUUGGUGGAGACUAUGGUCCAUACCGACAAUCCGAAAGAAACUCUCUGUACAAGCAACAUGCUGAGAAACUUUUAGACUCUGGUUAUGUUUAUCGUUGCUUUUGUUCCAACGAGGAACUGGAAAAAAUGAAGGAGAUUGCAAAACUAAAGCAGCUGCCUCCUGUAUACACUGGAAAGUGGGCAACUGCAACUGAUGAAGAAGUACAAGAGGAGCUGGCAAAGGGAACCCCUUAUACAUAUCGGUUUCGUGUGCCAAAGGAUGGGAGUUUGAAAAUUAAUGACCUUAUUCGAGGCGAAGUUAGUUGGAACUUGGACACACUUGGAGAUUUUGUAAUAAUGAGGAGCAAUGGGCAACCGGUUUACAAUUUUUGUGUCACAGUUGAUGAUGCUACCAUGGCUAUAUCACAUGUUAUAAGGGCAGAGGAACAUUUACCAAAUACUUUAAGGCAAGCACUGAUAUAUAAGGCUUUGGGAUUCUCAAUGCCUUCUUUUGCACAUGUUUCCUUAAUUCUUGCACCUGAUCGGAGUAAGCUGUCAAAACGGCAUGGUGCAACUUCUGUGGGUCAGUUCAGGGAGAUGGGAUAUCUACCCCAAGCAAUGGUGAACUACUUGGCACUUUUAGGUUGGGGAGAUGGCACUGAAAAUGAAUUUUUCACCCUUGAGCAACUUGUUGAAAAAUUCUCAAUUGGUCGUGUCAACAAAGGUGGUGCUAUCUUUGAUUCUACUAAGUUAAGGUGGAUGAAUGGUCAGCAUUUAGGAGCACUACCAUCAGAGGAGUUGACCAAGCUUGUUGGUGAGCACUGGAAAAGCACUGGUAUCCUCACAGAGUCGGAGGGGACAUUUAUCCUAGAAGCGGUUCAGCUGCUCAAGGAUGGGAUUGACUUGAUAACAGAUGCAGACAAAGCACUCUCAAACUUGAUAUCUUAUCCUUUACUUGGUACUUUAAACAGUCCUGAAGCUAAACCUGUCUUAGAAGAUAAGCUUUCUGAAUUUUCAGCCGACCUCAUAGCUGCCUAUGACAGUGGUGAACUCCUUGGUGCUCUUGAAGAAGGGCAUGCUGGCUGGCAGAAGUGGGUGAAGAACUUUGGCAAAUCGCUAAAGCGCAAGGGGAAAUCACUCUUCAUGCCUCUGCGAGUGUUGCUAACAGGAAAACUCCAUGGCCCGGAUAUGGGUGCAAGUGUUCUUUUACUCCAUAGAGCUGAAACCUGUGGUGUUUUUGCUCCAGAAGCUGGGUUUGUGACAUUGGAUGAGAGGUUCAAAAUGCUGAGGCAACUUGACUGGGAAGCAUUAAUAAAGGAUCAGUCUCCUUUGGAAUCUGCUGCUGCUAUAUCAAACUGAGAAUUCGCAGUUUUGACCGGCUAUUUCUAAAAAUUAGUUCAUCCAUAUAUUUUUUUAGAAUGUUUUUUUCUGUUGUCAAGAGCAGUUGAUUUGAUUAUGAAGGUUCCAUCUUUAGUAUACUAUCUACCAUUUUAUAAUGUUAUGAAUGCAAUAAGUAAGUCUCCCUUCCUUGGAUUGGUCA